UUUUUUUUAUUACAUUGUACCAUCACUAGACAUGACUUGUAUCGCUACGGAAGAACACCACAUGUCUUUACCAGGUGCUUAUUGUCAUGACAAUACUACCAACAAUAUCACUUCAACUUUUGACACUUAUUCACAACAAGAAGAUAAUAAUAAUAAUACAAGCAAGGACACUGGUACACUAGCUAUUAUAUCACCUAUCUUUUUUUCACCAUCAUUAUCUCCAACAUCUCUACGUACUUCUUUACCUGGUGCUUGGGUAGAUACCUCACCAUAUCAAGAAGAAAAAGAAAUUAAUAAUGAAAAUCCAUCCCUUCCUUAUCAACAAACAACAACAACAACAACAAGAGAACAUGUGGACAUGACUCAUUUACGACAAACUAUUGCUACGUUAAGAGAACAAGCGAAACAAUUGGAAGAAACUGAUUUAGUAGUUAAGAAAAGUAUUCAAGUAGUGGCAAAAAAACGACUCCUAGCUCAUCAUCAACGGCGAUUACAUUCUCAGUGGGAUUGGUGUGAUGAACCAAAUGAUACCAACAACAAUAAGAACAGUGUACCUUUUUUGGAUGAUAUGGAUGAUGGAACUGAAACAGAUCAAAGUGAUCAAAAUGAUGAUCAUGAACGUCGUGAUGAUUGUGGUAGUGAUUGGGAAUGGAUAGAUUAGUUUGACAUUCG